AUGAGUACUAAUUCUAUCUGGCCCAAGUCCGGCCUACGCUACAGUAAAGAACAGCUGCAACUGGUCGCGCCGCUAGAAUGGCUCGAUUUUGAGUCACAGGCCAUUUACAAGAUCAACAACAAUAUCGUCAAGACCGGCGGCAACACCGAAAUGGCAGAAGCCCUGACUAUGAAGAUCGUCAGCGAGAAGACGAGUGUUCCUGUGCCCAGAGUCCUCAACGCCUACCGACACGAAUCUGGCAAUGGCGGGACCCACGGCACCAUAAUCAUGGAACAAGUCAAAGGGGAAGAGCUGGGAAAUAUCUGGGACGAUAUGACAUCCGAAGAGAAAUCCGCGAUCAUUGAACAGCUCCGCGGUUAUAUGGAGGAGUUGCACGCCAUUGAAGGGUAUUUCAUCGGCUCGGUCAACAACACUAUGUGUGAGGACCUGAUGCUCAAUCUCCAUCUAGGAGCAUUCGAUCGCUACGACAACGAAGCCUCUUUCCACGAAGACAUCAUCAAAGCCUUGAGGAAGUACGAAGACGAGGAAUCUGCCAAGUGGCGCAGCGGUCAAAGAGAGUUGCUGAAAGGGCCGAAGGUCGAUCUUGUUGCAGAUUUCUUCCACGCACUUCCUCCGCACAAGAUUGUCCUUACGCAUGGGAAUCUCAAGCCGCGAAAUAUCCUAGUCCGUGAGGGCUGGGAUGCUGCGGGCUACUACCCGGAAUAUUGGGACUACAUGAAAGCUUAUUACAAGGCGUUCCCGGGUUGUAGGUGGGACAGAGACCGUGCAAGCGACUUUGACUGGCACAAGGACCGAGCAAUCGACAAGAUCCUCAAGCCGUUUCCUCUGGAGCUUGCCGUGCUGAUGCAUGCUCAGAAUGUCCUGCAGUAG